CUCUCACGGAUGGCUUGGAAUUCCUUGUGGAGCACCUCAACAAGUGCGAGGCGGCCAUCCAAACAAGUCAGCCUCUUGUCGAUGGAAUCCAAGAUGUCGGUGAAGUUUGUACGGGUGGUGACACAUGGCCAGAUCUCUGUCAGCUGAUUGGUCGUCUCCAUCAUGCUCCUCCCCCUAAUCAUCACGGUGGCCAUCAGCCUGCUACCAGGUGCCACCGCUCAGUUCUCUGACACUUUCAACUUCAGUGCGUGUUCCAUCAAGGCCCUGGGAGGAACCUACACCACAGCACAGGUGAACAUCUCAAACGGGAUCAUCGAGGUGUCUUUCCCGAGUGAGGUGCGUUUGAAGGUGGUUCUCAGCUCAGCAGUCAAUGUAACAUCAGAGACCAAAAACGGAAACCAGGGCCCAGGUUCCGCUUACCACCAAAGUAUACCAGGACUCACCGGAACUUCCCGCUGUUUGUCCACACUGAAAGUCUUUGAUUCCAGCAAGACUGAAAUUUUUCAACUUCACUUCCGCACAUUUGGUGAGCAAGGUGCGCUGCAAUCUGUCCCAAAAGGAAAUCAACUGAAUGUCACCGUGCUUUUCAACGGUGAGGAGGUGGAUCAAGUCAGCGGUCAAGGACCCAGGAUCUUCACGGAUAUCAGUGGCUGCCAACACGAUGGGAAAUAUUACUUUUCUGACACAAGCGGCUGCGACUCAGAAGGCGGCUUUGUGACUUGUUCUGCCGAAUCAGAUCUUACCGUACUUCCUCAGACAAAUACUGAAUGCGUGAGAGACGUCAACGUAUGCACAGUGACCGCCUCCAACCUAGUUUCCUUCGACGCCAACUACUCGGUCUCGGUGGAAGACCGCUGUGCCUACACCCUGUUCUCGGAACCAAACGUGCGGGUGGUCGGCGUGUUCAAGGAACGUCGUCGUAAAGAUGUUAUGUUCUUGGACCACGUGAUCGUCCACCUGAUGGACUCGGACAGCAUCGUUCAACUUGGACCAGCAGACCGAGUGAAGGUCAAUGACACUGAGCUGAACUUGAACAGUCCAGUAGAGACGCAUGGCGGUGUAGAGUUCCGCAAGAACGACACUGGUGUCACCGCUGUCAUGUCGUAUGCUGUCAACUACACCACGUCUGUCUUCUUCAAUGGCAACACCGCCCAGGUCUUCAUGACAUACGUGUGGGUGUUAGCAGACAGCGACUACGAAGACGAUGCCAACCGCGGGGGUUUGUGCGCCAACUCCAGUGUGACCUUAAAUGAGGCCAAGUCGUCUGACUUCAGCUCCGACAGCUGUGAGAUGCGGUACAACGAGCCAGCCGACCCGUCCAUCAACUGCACCGCAGUGACUGAACACUGUCAAAUCCUAAACGGCACUGACUUCACCGACUGUCAUGCUGACAUCGAUCCAGAGCCAUACUUCAGCUCCUGCAACCGCACGCUGUGUCAUUAUCCAGAUGUGGACGGCCUCAAAUGUGAGUUUUUGGAGGCUUACGCUCAUGCCUGUAGCCUGAAGAAGAACCACACGCUGGAGAGCUGGAGGACAGACGCCAACUGCUCCGACCCUCUGACCUUCUGUCAGGACACUCGCUGUGUGGAUCACGAGUUCUGUGCCGAUGGCGUCAACGGUGGAAUCGGCUGCUUCUGUCGGGCCAUUUUUGCCUCCGAUCAGACUCUAGAUGUGCUACCAGUCUGCGUGGAGAACUCUGCCUCUGUCACCCUGGUGGGUUGUCUCCUGGAAGAGCGGGGUGUGGACUACAGGCAACUGCACCUCAACAAUGACUCGUGCACAGGACAGGUGAACGAAUCCAACCACAUGGUGACCUUCAGCUUUGACAGUCAAGAUCCAUGCGGGGUGCUGGUGACGGCCAACGCCAGCCACGUGCUCUACGAAAACACCCUGGUCAACGCUUCGGGGGUGCCAGAACCGUUUCAAAUGGACCUGUCCUGUUUCCAGACCCAGCCAGAGCUCAUGAGUAUGACCUUCCGGAUGCAAGCAAAUUCGGUGAUGCAGCAGAUGGUGUCUGGAUCGUGGAACUACACGCUAAACAUGACCGCCUACAAGGACUCAGCGCACAGAUAUAUGGUACAGCCCAACAUGGCCAUUCAGCUAAAUCAGAGCAUCUUUGUGGAGAUGAUGACAGAGGGCCUGGAUGGCAACCUGGUCUCCUUGGUGACCAACUCCUGCUGGGCCACCGACGGGCCAUCCCCUGAUGAUGGUCUGCGAUACGACCUGAUCUCUGAAGGCUGUUCCCAGUCCAGCCGGCUGGUCAAGGUGGGGAUUAAUGGACAGACAACGUCGAGCGACUUCUCCUUCCACAUGUUCCACUUUGUUCAAAGCGGCAAUGAGAUCUACUUGCACUGCAACGUUGUACUGUGUCCUAACCAGAACGGACUCUGCCAGCCGAGUUGUGGUGGAGGCUCGGUUCCAAAUAAGAGACGACGCAGGUCUGCCAGGUCUGCAUAUGUUGAUGAAAACCCCGCCCUCAUUAGCAUGUCCUGGACUAUUUAGUUUGUUUCCAUGGUGACUUCAAGGGUGUGGAUCUUCAGAAUGAUUCCAAGAGAAUGUCUUUAAAACUACCUUAGCUAUGACUCUCUGGUUGCUAACAUGUAGUAGCAUGGUGACGGGAUCUACUCUAUGUAAUUGGAGAACAGCUAACUUGCUAAUUCAUCUUUGCAUCAUUAAA